AUGGUUAGGGCAUGUGAGGCGCGGCGCCUCGGGGGACUGAGGGCCCUCUUCAAGUACACUCAGAUCGUCGCGGACAACCGUCCGCCCCAAGAGAAUGACUGGCCGUAUAAUAACCCUCCCGGCCAAAACGAGUCUUCCAUCGUUGGUGCACCUAGCCUGGAGGACCAGCUGCGUGCCGCGUCUGCCUCACCGUCUGUUGCAACACAACCGCUCCCUCCGACCAAACCUACGACGCAAAAGGAUCCCACCCACGCCGUCAAAUCGUUGUCGCCGGCUUCACGUACUGGUCCAUCAUCGCCAGCUACUGCUGCAGAUACAGGCAACCAAGUAGCAAACAACAUCGCUGAUGACGCCCGUGCCGCAUCUUCAAACGGAACUUCACCCGCACCAGCUGUGCAGCAUGCAGUAGGCGUAGAUGCUUCUGUCUCUGAUGGACCGUCCAUUGCUCCCAGUGCUGUCAACACACCAGACGUCGACCUCAAGGACGAAGCUGCCACUGCUGAGAGCAAGCCGAAGGCACCACAGGUUGUUCACUUGCCACCGAAAGAUGUCCAAGAAGCAAGACUGCAUGAGACGGAACGAAAACUGGAGAAGAUUGCCGAAAAGGAACGGAAGGACGACUUCCACGCAAAUGGUCCUACAGACUUGAUCUCCUCGCCAUCAUCCACUGUAGGCCCGUACUCGCAAGCGACUCCUCAUGCGCCGCAUCAUUCUCCAGAUACGAGUCCCGAUACAGAGUCGUUCCAGGAACGCCCUCGAGCCACUCUCCAAACUACCGAAUCAUUGGACCCUGCUGCGCAACAGGUCAAGGAAGACCACGAGCGCGCAUUGCAAAAAGAAAUGACGGAAGCACGGGAACGCGCACGGGGUACAGAGUCUCCUACACCGGACAUUGAGAAGCAAAUAGAGGAUGAGCAAGCGAUACGGCUUGCUCGGGACGGAAAGAGCCGGCUUGCUGGAUCUACCACGGAACAAGGAACUGGUUUGAUGUCUCACGCCAAAGAUAUUGCGCGCGAUGCUGCACCUGCUGGCGAGCGGUUUGUUGAAGUUCGCGCCUCUCAGGACCCUGCGGCAGACUCGCUACCCACACCAACGACGACGGCGCCGGAACCAUCUACGGUAGAUCCAGAAGCUACUGACCGAGAAACGAACAAAGUGGCAGAGGCAGAUUCACACCCUACACCUCCGGCAGAACUUGACGUUGAGAUGGGCGACGCACCGACAUCGACAAACCCCAGGAGCCCUCCUGUGCAUCCUUCGCGACCCGAUCGUAUGACCACACGCGUCUCAUCUGGUGCUAUGCGCCAAAAGUCUGUGUCGGAGAUACUAGCAGAGAAGGCAGCGCCUAAGACUGUUCUGACUCCUCGCUCGAGCAAUUUAUCGACAUCGGCUAGUCCUCCACGUCCAAAGACUCGUGAUCCGAGAUCGAAAGAAGUAGUCGUCUUCGCAAAGAAAACACCCCGUCGGGGUUCAAAAGCUUUGCAAGCCUACGAUGAGGACUACGCUUCGCUUCAUGGAGCGUCUGAAGACUCUAGUCGUGACUAUCUGGAAGGACUUUUCAAAUAUCAGGCUCAUCAUCCACCACGAUCCAUACCUUUACAAGAGCUUGUAGCAUCGGCGCGCAAAACAGUCACGACCGCUGGAACACUUGCCAUGCACCGGGAACACCAAGACUAUAAGAUUCUUAAGAGGGUUUACCAGCUGCAAAAUGCGAACCGAUGGUCUUUGCGUCAACUCCAGAAAUCGGUCGAACCAGAGCGUCCAUUCACGCACCAUGACCAACUCCUGCUAGAAAUGAAGAAUAUUUCAACCGACUUCCAAGAGGAAAGGAGGUGGAAGGAGGCCUUGGCUGCUUCAUUUGCCGAGUGGUGCGCCAAGUAUGUGAACAGUAGCCCGGAGGAACGAGCAACAUUGCGCGUGAAUGUGCGCAAACCAAUCGCGGCCAAACAAGUUGAGCACCACGACGAAGACAUGGACGACGCGCCCACGCCCGAUCUCGUGCAGUCCCAUGCACACGAAACGGAAUCCGAGUCUUUUGCAGACGAGGACGAACUUCGCACCCCACUCAGUGCUAACCCCCCAACUGGUCUGUUCUCUUUGGGCUUCAACGACGUCGUUAUGAAGAUACACCGCACGCCGGCCAGCGACACCAUGUUCCGCGAACUUCCUUUCUAUGAGCCGAUGCUCGAGGGCUCCAGUGAUGGUAAUCCCUUCUCUGUUGCCGAACCGCCCAUCCUCCCUGUCUCAAAGUAUGUGACUGGAAAGCUGGUUUCUCAAAUUCGAGGCCCCCCCAGGAAGCGGAGCCGCUACGACUACGAUUCAGAGGACGAGCCUUCGACGCCCCCAAGCAGGUCCGGUACAUCGGCGGAACAUUCGAUGCCAUCCACACCUGGUCGGAGGUUGUUCUGCCGAAAUGAUUUGCCGCCUGAGAUGACUGACGUUGCCCUGUUCAAUGCAGAGAACAAGCACGUUCGUGACCGUCUUCAGGCCGCUCAUCAAUUCCGCCCGCCGACCGAGUUUAAUAUGCCGUCGGUCGCCUUCUUCGAGCAUCGGAUUCCGUCGCAGUGGCUGUGGGAAGAAGACCAGAAGCUCCGAUCCCUGGUGAAAGAGUUCACAUUCAACUGGUCACUCGUUUCGCAGCAGCUCUCGCUACCUAGCAUGUUCGUGUCUGGAUCUGGUCGGCGGACGCCUUGGGAAUGUUUUGAGCGAUGGGUGCAACUAGAAGGCCUGCCUGCGGAGAUGUCUAAGACGCAGUACUUCCGCACCUAUCAAGGACGACUAGAACAAGCCAACAAGACCGUUUUCGCGCAAUACCAGGCUCAGCAGCAGCAACAACAGCAGCAGGGAGCUGCUCCUGCUCAGCCGCGGAGAAGGCCCACCACUACGCCGAUACGGGUGGAGCGUCGGCGAGAGAACCGCUAUCUUGCUAUCAUCGACGGAAUGCGUAAGCUUGCGCGAAAGCGUGAGUCUGCUGCGCACAAGCAAGCCGAGUCUCAGAAGGCUGCUGCAUUGCGAAAGGCCCACGAGCCAGCGCCUCCCAAAAAUACCGUUCAUACUCCACAGGAAUUCAGUCGUCUGAAGUGGGAACGCGAAGAGAAGCUAAAACUGAGGCAACAGCAACAGGAAAUGGCAGUCCGACAACAAAUGGUGCAACAACGACAGCAGGCUCAGAUGGCGGCACAAGGGGGCAUGCCCAACGGUGCCAAUCAAAUGCUGCGCAAUGGAACCUCCAUGGGCAAUCCGACAGGUUCAGCUCAUAUGGCUAAUUCAGCCUCACAGCAGGGACAGAACGCAGCAGCAAUGGCAGCACGAGCCCACCAAGGCCAGCAAGGUAUGCAGGCCAACUUCGGUAACGGUAACAUGGCCGGCAUGCCGAUGGGUACUUCCGGUGUUCCCCAGGCGCAGAUGCAGGGCAACAUGCAGAAUGGCCAACGUAUGGCACCUCCAAACCAAAUGCAAAUGGCUAUGCAGCGAGGACAAUUUCCGAACAGUGCGCAACAACAGUUCCAGCUACAGCAACAGCAACAUCAGCUAGGCAUGGGCAACAACUUGACGCCAGGAAUGGGCUUGAACAGCAACAUCCCUAACGCGAACAUGAUGGCCUCAAUGUCCAACCAGAACAUGAACGGGAAUAUAAACGGGAACAUCAAUGCCACGAUGAACGGACUACCCAACAACGUAGGAUCUCCUCGGCCCAACCAAGGCAAUGGCAACAUGCAAACUCCUUCUCGCCCUCUCUCCAGCGGUCAUAUGCCAAACAUAUUGCACCUGCAGAACGUAUACAAGGUACAGCAUCCGGAAUGGACCAACGAGCAAUGCCAAAAGGCGGCUUCAGAGCAUCUUCAGAAAUCCAUGGCUAAAACUCAACGAACACAGGCGAUGAACGCGGCCGCGGGCUCCUCUGGCAUGUCCCCAUCUCCACAGAUCGGAAACAACCAAUACCUCCCGCAGAACGGCAGCAUGGCCAAUAGUCCCCAGCCUGGCAAUAAUCCUGCGGUAGCGAACUAUCAGCAACAACUUGUCCAACAGCAACGAAUGAUGCAACAGUCGCGACAACAGGCUGGUAGUCCAGGAAUGAACGCUGCUCGUCCGGCGAGCAGGAGCGCUACACCUCAGAACCCGCAGAUGCUGCAAAGUCCCGGCAUGCAGCAGGCGCAGGUCAAUCGAUCCUCGUAA